AUGGUAUCGCGAGCAGAGUCCUCCGUGUUUUGGCCAGGGAUCACACCUGCUAUAACAACCCUUCGAGCUGGAUGCAAUCACUGCAAUCGUAUCGCACCUUCGAAUCCUAGUGCUCCGCCUACACCCCUAAUAUCUCCAGACUACCCAUUCCAAUGUGUUUGUGCAUAUUAUUUUCACCAUCAAGGUGUUGGAUAUUUAGUUAUAGUUGAUCGAUACUCGAACUGGCCCAUAGUUGAACGAUCUUCGAAUGGUGCAGAGGGCCUUAUUACUUCACUACGCCGAACAUUUGUGACAUUUGGGAUUCCGAAUGAAUUGACAUCUGAUGGCGGACCUGAAUUUACGGCAACAACAACCAGACAAUUCUUAAAAAAUUGGGAAGUCCAUCACCGCCUUUCCUCUGUGGCUUUCCCACACAGUAAUUGCAGAGCUGAAAUAGGUGUCAAAACUGACAAGCGUCUAAUAGCCGACAACACAGGUAGAAACGGGGAUCUCAACACCGAUGUAUUUCAACGUGCGAUGCUCCAGUACAGGAACACACCUGACAGAGACACCAAGUUAUCUCCUGCUACAUGUGUAUUUGGUCAUCCCAUCAGAGACUUCAUUCCUGUUCCGCCCGGCAGGUACCGUCCCCAUAACACAUGGAAGGAAACACUUGAUGCAAGAGAGGAAGCUUUCAGACAUCGCCACCUUAAACAGGGAGAGCGCUUAUCGGAGCACACUAAAAGACUACUCCCACUCUCUGUAGGCGAUAGGGUUCGCAUCCAAAAUCAAACAGGACAUCACCCUCUUAAAUGGGAUAAAACUGGCGUUAUCAUAGAAGUUCGCCAAUUCGACCAAUACGUCGUUAGAGUUGAUGGCUCUGGUAGGGUCACACUAAGAAACCGAAAAUUUUUGAGACAAUAUGUGCCUGUCAGAAGUUUGCCAGAAGUCCGUACAAUUAAGGAUGAUGAAACUUGGAAUCAGUUUGUACCUCUUGUCAGCCCUCAGACAACUAAAGCGUCUGAGACCAUUGUGAAACACAACCAGGACACUAUUCCAACAACGCAAAAUCCGAACACAUAUUGUACCCUCCCAUCAACCACUUUACCUUCACCAAGUGGUCACACCCCUAACACUCAUUUGGAUGUUGAUGCCCCGGAAUGCCUUCCGACUGAUCUCGGCAACACCAAAAAUCAUCCAGCUGAGAUCCCACCUCCCAGUGAUAGCACAAACUCUCCAUCACAGGUCACCUCCAUGCCAAAUUUGGAGCAACGCAAAUCUAGUCGUACCCGUCAACCGCCAACAUGGCACCGUGAUUUCGAGAUGAACUAG